GAGAGGCUGGAAAACGACGGCAGCACAAGCGAGGGAGAGCUUCACCGUCUGUGGCCCUCUGUCCCCUCGUCCUCCUCGAUGCCUGCAAGCAACACAUCGCCCUAACCGAUAACAAGGACACUGAACGACCGAGCGACAUCGCGCGCUCGAGACGGCAUCGCUUUAGCUUCUGAAAUGGAGAGAUGUCCAUGAUCCAGAUGAUAUGAAGAUACAAUAUCAAUAACAGAUCUUCAGAUUCAUCAGGCCAGUCUACAGUAACUGAACGAAACUAGACUCCCUGAUACCCUUCACUCGCUUGUCUGAACUCCAUAUUUUUGCUUUCACUCGAACACUGCUAUAAAUGAGUGUCUCAGAAAGUGAGAUCAGGGCUGGGGUGCAAACCAGAACCCACACAGGAUGUCCUGGAUCAACGGCUUCCUAGUGGCCAGAGUGGAUGAUCGUAAGACCGCGUGGGGCGAGCGCAAUGGCAAGAAGUCCAAGCGCAAGGUUGGCUCCUCUCUCUGCAACCCACGCUACAUGAGCUGCCUGCGGGACGUGGAAGCCAUGGAGCCCCCUCCCCCGCUGUCCCACGCCCAGGCCACCCGGUCUGGAGGAGGGGGAGUUGGAGGUACCGGUGGGGGCAACUUUGGUGUGCGCUGCGUUUGGCAGGAAGACCACUACGGGAAAGUGGGGGGUGGGGGGGAAGGGGUGGGGCUUAAAUCUGUGGACCUGGGUUUUGAGGAUGGAGAGGUGAAGGGACGGAAAGGGGCCGUCUCAGGGUGUGACGGCUCUAGCGAAGACACGGCCAGCAGGGCGGGGUCAGUAACAGCGGCAGACUGCUGGCAAAGGGUGGUACGCGUGUUCCAGUCCAAGAAGUUUCAGUCUCGCAAACUGGAGCGUCUCUACCAGCGCUACUUCUUCAGGCUCAACCAGAGCUCCCUCACAAUGCUGAUGGGCGUGUUGGUGAUCGUUUGUGGGAUCAUGCUCACAUUUCACAGCAUCCACGGACCACCCAACGUGGUUUACGCCUCGGUGCUCUCCGUAGCGAUGGCCCUCUUUUUGGCGCUAAUGGUGGUGUGCAACCGAAAUGGGUUCCACCAGGACUACAUGUGGAUGGUCAGCUAUCUUGUGAUUGGAGUGCUAAUCGUGGUGCAGGUCUUUGGGGUUCUGAUGGUGGCCCCUCGCAGUGCCUCGGAAGGCAUCUGGUGGUCCGUCUUCUUCAUAUACAUCAUCUACACGUUGCUGCCAGUGCGGAUGAGGGCGGCAGUGCUUAGCGGAGGACUCCUCUCCUCCAUACACCUUCUCACCACAUGGAGGAUCAAUCAGGAUGAUGAGUUCCUCUGGAAACAGCUGAGCGCGAACGUGCUGAUCUUCCUGUGCACCAACAUCACCGGAAUCUGCACGCACUACCCGGCGGAGGUGUCUCAGAGACAGGCCUUUCAGGAGACGCGAGGCUACAUCCAGGCCCGACUGCACCUGCAGAGAGAAAACCAACAGCAGGAACGCCUGUUGCUCUCUGUUUUGCCAAGGCAUGUCGCCAUGGAAAUGAAGGCUGACAUCAACGCUAAGAAAGAAGACAUGAUGUUCCACAAGAUCUACAUCCAGAAACACGACAAUGUCAGUAUUCUGUUUGCAGACAUUGAGGGUUUUACGAGUCUAGCGUCGCAGUGCACUGCACAGGAGCUGGUCAUGACUCUAAAUGAGCUGUUUGCCCGCUUUGACAAGCUGGCCUCGGAGAACCACUGCUUACGGAUUAAGAUCCUUGGGGAUUGUUACUACUGUGUGUCAGGGUUACCUGAGCCCAGAGCCGAUCACGCUCACUGCUGUGUGGAAAUGGGAGUGGACAUGAUUGAAGCCAUCUCGUUGGUGAGAGAGGUCACAGGGGUCAAUGUAAACAUGCGGGUGGGCAUCCACAGUGGUCGUGUGCACUGUGGAGUUCUUGGAUUGAGGAAGUGGCAGUUUGAUGUGUGGUCAAAUGAUGUCACGUUAGCCAACCAUAUGGAGGCUGGCGGCAAAGCUGGGAGGAUUCACAUCACUAAAGCGACUCUACAGUACCUGAAUGGAGACUAUGAGGUAGAACCAGGUUUUGGAGGGGAGAGGAAUGCCUACUUGAAAGAAAACAGCAUUGAGACCUUCCUAGUACUGGGCUGCAGUCAGAAACGGAAAGAGGAGAAGGCCAUGAUGGCUAAGAUGCAGCGCACACGGACAAACUCUAUGGAGGGUCUGGUGCCACGAUGGGUUCCUGACAGAUCUUUCUCCAGGACUAAAGACUCCAAAGUCUUCAGACAGAUGGGUAUCGAUGAAACGACCAGCAAAGACAAUCGUGGUGCUCAGGAGGCUUUGAAUCCAGAAGACGAGGUAGAUGAGUUUUUGGGGCGUGCCAUCGAUGCUCGCAGUAUAGACCAGCUCCGCAAAGACCACGUGAAGAAGUUCCUGCUUACCUUCCAAACCUCCAGCCUGGAGAAGAAGUAUGCUAAAAAGGUAGAUGACCGUUUCGGAGGUUAUGUGGCCUGCACACUGCUGGUCUUCUGUUUCAUCUCCUUUAUACAGAUCGUCAUUUUCCCACAUACUCUGGUCAUGCUGGGGAUUUACAUAAGUAUCUUCAUUAUUCUUGCCAACAUCCUCUUCAUCUGUGCCAUUUACUCCUGUGUGAAGCUUUUCCCGGCUGCUAUGCAGACUGUUUCCAAGAAGAUCGUUCAGUCUCGUACCAAUAGCACACUCGUGGGAGUUUUCACCAUCAUCCUCGUCUUCAUCUCUGCCUUUGUCAAUAUGUUUUCUUGUGAUACAGAGAAUCUGGUGGACUGUGUAGCAGAGCAGUUUAACUGGUCAUCGUCAGAAAUGGUUACUCCCUGUGUCAUUCACAACCUGUCUCGCUCAGCAGCAGAUGGGCUAGAUAUUUGUCCCAGCAACACUCCCUCCUGCCCCUUCCCUGAGUAUUUCAGCUACAGUGUGCUGCUGACGCUGCUGGCCUGCUCAGUGUUCCUGCAGAUCAGUAGUAUAGGAAAGCUGGCUUUAAUGCUGCUCAUCCAGCUCAUCUUCCUGCUGCUUGUGGAGUGGCCAGAGGUGGCGCUGUUCGACAACGCUGACCUCUUCGUCACUGCCAAUGCGCUCGUUUUCAAUGACACACUGCAGUGGUCCAAUCUCAAUGCAACUGCUGAUCAGUGUCCUUUCAGGGUGACUAAAGUGUCCCUAAAGGUCAUGACCCCAGUGAUCCUCACCGUGUUUGUACUGGCACUGUACCUGCAUGCCCAGCAAGUGGAGUCUACAGCUCGUCUAGACUUCCUUUGGAAACUUCAGGCCACAGAAGAGAAGGAGGAAAUGGAAGAACUUCAAGCCUACAACCGCCGGCUCCUCCACAACAUCCUGCCUAAAGAUGUGGCCGCCCACUUUCUAGCCCGAGAGAGAAGGAAUGACGAGCUGUACUACCAGUCGUGUGAGUGUGUGGCCGUCAUGUUCGCCUCCAUCAGCAACUUCUCUGAGUUCUACGUGGAGCUGGAGGCCAACAAUGAGGGAGUGGAGUGUCUGAGGCUGCUUAAUGAGAUCAUCGCUGAUUUUGACGAGAUUAUCAGUGAGGACAAAUACAGGCAGCUGGAGAAGAUAAAGACCAUUGGCAGCACCUACAUGGCCGCAUCCGGCCUUAACGACUCCACCUAUGACAAGGAAGGCCGCUCACAUAUUACCGCCCUCGCCGACUACGCCAUGCACCUCCGCGAACAGAUGAAGUAUAUUAAUGAGCAUUCCUUCAACAACUUCCAGAUGAAGAUUGGACUGAACAUCGGGCCAGUGGUUGCAGGAGUUAUUGGAGCCAGGAAGCCCCAGUAUGAUAUCUGGGGAAACACAGUUAACGUGGCCAGUCGAAUGGACAGUACAGGUGUCCCAGACCGCAUUCAGGUGACCACAGACCUGCACCAGGUAUUGGCCAGUAAAGGUUACCAGCUGGAGUGUCGAGGGGUCAUAAAGGUCAAAGGCAAGGGUGAGAUGACCACUUACUUCCUGCACGACGGACCUCCCAACAGUUAGCAGCGCACUAGCAUUCCUUUGGAUUCCCACAAUUCGCAGUGUUUUACACAGAUUAUUGCAUCAAUCUCAAACAUCUGCUGAUUAGGAACCACAUGGAACCACAUCGAUCUCAAACCAUCAGCGCUCAAGAACAUCCAUAACAACAACAACACCAAACAAUUGCGGUAAGUCAUGGCAUCCGCUCAUGUUAUUUCUUCCUGCAUUGCAUGCCACGUUUACUAUAGCUUCUUCCGUCAGCAGUGAGGGAUUCACAUGUGAUAAAUGUAAGGAAUUAGUCAGGCUGAUGGAGAAGUUUAAUGAAUUAGGGCCAUUAAGAUUUUUACAUUGUGACAUUAUUUUCAUGAGAGUUGCACAUAUUGUACCCUCCAAUUCUCAUUAAUGCAAAAUUAAAAAAAUUAUAUGUAGGGCCUAUACACGCAUCCGAAUGCUAGUGGAGGUCAUUGAGAAAGAGAAGCCGGUAGAUACUGUUUCGGAUGCGGGUAGUACAGCUAGCAACACACAUACUUUGGUUCCGGAUGUAGAGCCCUCGCGGCAGGGCAUUUGGGUGACGUAUCAGCGGCAUAAUCUCUCAGCAAAGUGACACCACUCUCCCAUUCCUAUUAGGGUUUCCAAUUGAUUCUCCCCACUCAGUGAUGCACCCACUGAGAAGCAUGUUGAAAGAGCCUUAAUAAUUGGUGAUUCUAUUGUAAGGAACAUGGAAAUAGAGACUCCAGCCACCAUUGUUAAAUACAUUUCCGGGGCUCGAGCGUCUGACAUCAGAUCAAAUUUACAGGUGUUUUGUGAACUUGCAAAAACGAUGUCAGACACUGUAAUAUGCUCUGGCCCCCUCCCUGCUCAUCGUGGUGAUGAUGUUUAUAGUAGAUUAGUGUUACUGAACAGCUGGAUGUCUGAGUGGUGUCCGGAGAAUAGCAUAGGAUUUAUAGACAAUUGGAAGAGUUUUUGGGGUAGACCUGACCUGUUGAAGAGAGACAGACUCCAUCCCUCCAGGGAAGGUGCCGCUCUCUUGUAAUUUGGCUCAUAGUCUUAACAGUGAUAGCAUUUGACUAACUGGGGCCAAGGUCAGGAAGCAGACAAACUGGUCAAUCCGAACAUCUGCUAGCUGCCUUAAAACAUCACAUAGGUUACAUAAACUACAACACAUAGAGACUGUAUCACCUAGAUAUCAUAUAGAGACUGUGUCUUUUCCCCAAACUACCAAACACAAAACUCUCAAUAAAUUAAUUAGAAAACAUUUUAGAUAAACAUCAUAUUAAGGUAGGGCUACUAAACAUUAGAUCUCUUUCUACCAAAAGACUAAUUGUAAAUGGAAUUUUUACAGAUCAUAAUUUGGAUGUGCUCUGUUGACUGAAACCUGUCUUAAACCGGAUUAAUAUAUUAGUUUAAAUGAAUCUACUCCCCCAGGUUAUUGUUAUCGCAUUUAUCGAUAUUCUCAACUCUCUUGGAGUCAGACAAAAUGUGACAGGACCAACUCAUCGCCAUAAUCAUAUGCUAGAUUGAAUUCUGUCAUAUGUAUUUGAUGUUGAUACAAUAGAAAUUCUACUGCAGAGCGACGACAUCUCAGAUCAUUACCUCGUCUCUUGUUUGCUGCGAUCAGCUAAUGUCACUCAAUCUACACCACGCUAUCAUUCAGGUAGAACUAUUCUUUCAACCACUAAAGAUAGCUUCACUAAUAAUCUUCCAGAAUUGUCUCACAUAUUCAGUAAGCCAAAAAGUCUAGAAGAACUUGAUGUAAUAAAUGAAAAUAUAAAUACAGUCUUCACUAGCACUUUUGAUAGUUAAAGAAAAAAUUCCCACACCAUGGUACAAUGAUCACACUCAUGCUCUCAAGAGAGCAGCUCGGAAAAUGGAGCACAAGUGGGAAAAUACAAAAUUAGAGGUACUUUGCGGUGCAUGGAAGGAUAGUGUCUGUAGCUACAGACAAGCACUUAAGCUGCCAGGUCAGCAUAUUUUAGCAAACUCAUUGAAAAUAAAUACAAGAAUCCUAUGUGUUUAUUCAGUACCUUGGCUAAAUUGGUUAACAAUAAAGCAUCGACUGAACCAGAUAUUCCGUCGCAGCACAAUAGUAAUGACUUCAUGAAUUUCUUUACUGAUAAAAUUUAAAUAAUCAGAAAUACAAUUUGAACUAUGCAAUCAACUGUCACAGCACCUCAGAAAACAGUGUCUCACUUUGUAUUUGUAAACAAGGAAUUGUCAAAAGUUAAUUAUGGUGUGCCACAGGGAUCAGUUUUAGGGCCUCUGCUUUUCUCCUUAUACAUGCUUCCCCUGGGAGAUAUUAUCAGGAAUCACAGAAUAAGUUUCCACUGUUAUGCCGACGAUAACCAACUUUAUAUUUCUUCUAAACCCAACAAAAAUUCACAAUUCUCCAAAUUAGCAGAGUGUAUCAAUGAAAUCAAAGAUUGGAUGGCCAGAAAUUUCCUUCUACUCAAUUCCAACAAAACAGAGCUACUAAUGAUUGGACCAAAAACCUCUAAAAAUAAGCUGCUAAAAUAUAAUUUGUCUCUCGAUGUACUGUUACGUCGUCUUCUACAGCAAAGAACAUAGGUGUUAUAUUUGAUACCAAUCUGUCCUUUGAAAAUCACAUUUCCAAUGUUUGUAGAACAGCAUUGUUCCACCUCAGAAAUAUUAAGUUAUGACAUAUGCUCUCUGUUGCUGGUGCCAAAAAACUAAUUCAUGCGUUCAUGACCUCAAGACUAGAUUAUUGUAAUGCAUUACUGGGAGGAUGUCCAGCAAGUUCAAUAAAUAAACUUGAAUUGGUUCAAAAUGCAGCUGCCAGAGUGCUGACUAGAACCAAGAAAUAUGAUCAUAUUAACCCCAUUUUAUCAUCGUUACAUUGGCUACCUGUUAAAUUUCAUAUUAAUUUGACAAUUCUGUUAACUACGUACAAAACUUUGAAUGGUCUAGCUCCACAGUACUUAAGUGACCUUCUACCAUGCUAUAUUGCAUCACGUUCAUUACAAUCACAAAAUUCUGGCUUGUUAAUUGUUCCUAGAAUAUCAAAAUUCACAAAAGGAGGUACUGUAGAUCCUUUUCAUAUUUGGCUCCUAAACUAUUAUAUAGUCACCCUAACGCUGUUUGGGACGUUGACACACUCAUUCAGUUUAAGUCUAGACUAAAGACUCAUCUAUUUAGCCAGACAUACGCCUAAUUUAUCCUUCAACUCACAAUUAGGCUGCUUUAGUUAGGUCUGCCGGAACCAGAAAUAUCUAUCAUGAUCUAUAACUCUGUAUAAAAUUGAAUGGCAUCUACGCUAAUAUUAUUCUAUUUGUUUCCAUGACUCAACCUUGGAAUUCAUAUCCCGAGGUUACCAGAGCCUGCCAGAUCCAGCUCCGUUCCUGCUUGGUGUCAGACUCCACUGCUACGUGUCGCUGAGUGAUGACGACAAAUUACAGCCGGUGCUAGCCAGACAUCACUUCAGUCUUUUGACUUCACAGGAUGAACUGAUGCCAACUCCAACUGUAAGACAUCGGAUACUUCAUAUGCCACUGCCUGAACCUUGGACUUAGGAUGGAUCCCACCGAACCUCACCGAAAUGACCUGCUGGUUGAACUGCGAUGCACCUCAUUGAUUUCUGCCUGCAUCACCUUUGUCUACUGAUGGACUACACUCUUGAAAUGGAAUACAUAGACUAUCAAUUAAUUGCCAACAAAAGCCUUCAUCAGCCAACUAACAAAGGACAGUGCACCAAUGUGAACUUCUGCAGUUAAUCCAGGAUGGACAUUAGUCAUUAAUCUUAAAGUUCAUAAAAAAUAUUUUUUUAAACACUGGACCUUAACACAAAUUUUAAACCAUGACUUGCACUGCACUCAAAUAACUAAUAUUGGCAUUAUAUUCAUGUUGUUUAGCCAGAGGGGAACUGGCCACCAUAGUGAGCCUGGUGUCUCCCAAGGUUAUUUUACUCCAUUAACCAUCAUCUUAUGGAGUUUUGUGUUCCUUGCCACAGUCGCCUUCAGCUUGCUCAUUAGGAUUCUAAAUACAAUUAUAAUUACAUUUUUAUACACAAUUUACAAUCAUAUUUAAUCAAACUACACAAGGAUCACUGUAAGACUUUAUAGAUAUUACAGAUUCAUCUUUUUUAUUAAUGCAUGAUUUUCUGUAAAGCUGCUUUUGAAGUGAAGUGUGAAAAGCGCUAUACAAAUAAAAAUGGCUUGACUUGAGAUAGUUUAACAGAAUCUCAAUUUUUUUUUUCUCAAAACAUCUACAACAGUGAUCGUCACGGACUUAAUUUAAUGUUCCACUAUAUUUUAAGACUUUGGACAUUAACUUUAUUACCACAUGCUGGUGGAUUCUCCAAACUGCAAAUGCAGGAACUGAAUUCGGACUUUCCACUGAGAUAAGACUUAGUAUUGAAACUUCUCAGUGCAACGACCAAUUUCUUAAGAAAAUUGCAAAUUGCGCUUUGCGCCAUUUCAUUAACAUAUAAUACACCCACAGUCUGUGCGCCC